AUGGCUCAAGUGCCACAGCGCACCCUGAUCGAGCUACGUGACCAGUUCCAAAAUGUACCACCCCAGGGACAAUAUGAGUACGCUAAGUCGACGCUACUACGUCACUUUAGUGAAAGUCAACGUUGCAGAAUGAACCGGGUGUUGUCUGGUCUUGUCCUGGGUGACCAGCGACCUUUACAAUUGUAUGGCGAGAUGAGCAGAACAUCGCAAGGCUCAAUGAACGAGCAACUAUUAAUUGACCUGUGGGCCAGCCGUCUACCGGCCAGCGUCCAGUCAAUGGUCAUCGCCAACCAGGGGCCGUUAUCAGAGAAGCUUGCCGUUGCGGAUGCCAUUGUCGAGGCGCAACGAUGGCGUCCGGCCUCAGAAGUCAGCGAAGUAAGGCCAGAACAGCAACGCGCCACUCCUCAAGAUGUUCCGGUAUGCAAGUCGGUGGAUGCCAGCGCAGAUUUCCGCCAGGAAGAGCUGAUGAAGCAGUUCGCCGCCGACUUGCGGAAGUUAAUGGCCGAAGUGAAGGAGCUAAAGCAAACGGUAGCACAUCAACCACGUGGCCGAAGUCGAUCGCGCUCCAAGUCCCAGUCGAGGCGCGUUUCGCCGCCAGCGAGGGUUAAGUCGGAGCCAAGGAGUGGCAGGAGUACCCCAUCAGCACCAUCGAUCUGCUGGUACCACGCCACCUAUGGCGACGCCGCUACCCGCUGCCGUUCACCGUGCACCCGAUCUACCACAGUGCAUCCGUCACAGCAACCGUCUACAGGAGUCGAGUUCCUGAUAGACAGCGGCGCCGAGCUCUCACUGUACCCGAGGAGCCGGAAAGUCAGGAACGUCACGCCCACCGAUGCAAUACUUAUUGCAGCCAACGGUACAAGGAUACCUGCAUACGGCGAAACCAUCAUCGAGAUUAGCCUCGGCCUACGCAGAUCCUUCGUGUGGCGCUUUAUAGUAGCCGACGUCGCUACGGCCAUCAUCGGGGCGGACUUCAUCGCACAUUACGACCUGUUAGUAGAUUUAAAAGGACAACGACUAGUGGAUCGGAAGACGUCGCUUCACAUCAUCGGGACGAUCCGGAACGCUGAGAUCAGUAGUGUGAUGGCUUUCUCGCGAGAGGAACCCUAUGCCGAUAUUCUGACUGCGUUUCCCGGAUUAACGACGACCGCUCCGCCCGAGGCGGUUUACAACACGGCAACAAUGCACUACAUCACGACUACCGGCCAGCCAGUUAACGCCCGUCCAAGACGCCUGCCCCCUGCAAAGCUCGCUGCUGCCAAGGCUGAAUUCGAGAUGCUACAACGCCUCGGAAUUUGUCGCCCUUCACGUUCCAACUGGGCCAGCCCUCUUCACAUGGUGCAGAAAGCAGAUGGCAGCUGGCGGCCAUGCGGCGAUUACCGAGGAUUGAAUGCACAAACAGUGCCGGACCGCUAUCCCGUACCAUACCUGCAGGACUUUACGUCCCGAUUGAGCGGUAUGAGGGUCUUUUCAAAAAUUGACCUACGGAAAGCCUUUCACCAAGUUCCGAUAAAUCCUCCGGACAUACCCAAAACUGCCAUCACUACGCCAUUUGGGCUGUUUGAGUUCACCCACAUGACGUUUGGGUUGUGUAAUGCCGCGCAGACGUUCCAGCGCCUCAUCGACGAAGUCCUACAAGGCCUGGAGUACGUGUUUGUAUAUAUCGACGACAUCAUCGUGGCCUCACCCGAUCAUCAGGUGCAUAAACAACAUCUGCGCACCGUCUUUGAGCGUCUUCAAAAUCAUCGGCUGCAAGUCAACGCAGGAAAGACGGAGUUCGGCAAGGCGGAAAUCCAGUUCCUCGGUCACCUGGUUAGCGAGAAAGGCAUUCGACCAUUGCCUGACCGAGUCGAGACCAUCCGCCAAUGCCCCGAACCAGCCACAGUCAAGCAGCUGAAAAGUUUUUUGGCGUCGUUAAACUUUUACCGGCGAUUUUUACCGCGUGCCAUUGUCGCCCAGGCACCCUUACUGGAGCUUAUCCCCGGUAAUAAGCGGAACGACAAGACGCCGAUAGCUUGGUCGGAGAAAUCGCGCGCCGCAUUUGAGGAGUGUAAGCAACAGCUCGCCAAUGCUGCAUUGCUAGCGCACCCACGGCAGAAUGCCGACCUGUCGUUAUGGGUAGACGCAUCAGACCUCGCCGCCGGCGCAGCCCUCCAUCAAGUUGUAGACGGUCACCUCGAGCCCUUGAGUUUUUUCUCCAAGAAGUUCAACCCGGCGCAAACGAGAAUCCCGCCAAGGCUUCGCCGCGUCAAGUGCGGCAACUCGAUUUCAUCAGCCAGUUCACUACCGACAUCCGACAUGUACCUGGUUCGGACAAUAUGGUGGCGGAUCGACUACCAGGCGCUAGCAAAGGACCAGUCCACCGACGAAGAACUGCAGAGUAUCCUGCAAGGGAAGACGCCCAACAGCCUCGUGCUCAAGAGAAUUACCCUUCCCGGCGCACAACAACCGAUCUACUGCGAUGAUCAGCAGCAGGUCCUGCGGCCCUUCGUGACAAAGGCCUUUCGGGAACGCUUCCUGAAGGCUAUCCACAACUUGCAGCACCCCGGAACACGUGCCACAGCCAAAGCGAUGACAAGCAGAUUCGUUUGGCCGGGCAUCAAUCGAGAUAGCGUCCGGUUCGCCCGCUGCUGCAUAUCUUGCCAAAGAGCCAAGGUAGGACGGCACGUCAAAUCGCCGUUACAACGCUACCCGACUGCUGAGGGACGAUUUUCACACAUCAACAUCGACCUCGUAGGCCCACUUCCACCGAGCAACGGGCAGCGCUACCUUCUCACCAUCAUCGAUCGCGUAACCAGGUGGCCUGAAGUGGUCCCGCUCCCGGAUAUGACAGCACCGGUAGUAGCGCAGGCCCUGGUGGCGCAGUGGAUCGCGCGAUUCGGCGUCCCGCACCGCAUCACCACUGACCGCGGUCGACAAUUCGAAUCGCACUUAUUCGUCGAGCUAAUGAGGAUCCUGGGGGUUAAACACCUUAGAACAACAGCCUAUCAUCCUCAAGCCAAUGGAAUCAUCGAGCGGCUACACCGUACGCUAAAGGCCGCGAUCCUUUGUCGGAACCCCACUCACUGGGCUGACAACCUACCCCUCAUCCUUCUGGGGAUGCGUACAGCAAUUAAGGAUGACCUCGCCGCCGCGCCCGCGGAAAUGUUUGUGCGAGGGAACAGUACCGCGUGGCACGGAAAGCAGCGAGUCUUCGUACACAAGGACUUGAACGAGGCCUCACAUGUUUUCGUGAGGAAUGACACCGUGCGGCCAUCGCUAACACCACCCUACGAUGGCCCAUACCUCGUCAAGCAACGUCAUCUCAAGUUCUACUCGGUUGUAAUCAACGGCAAGGUCACGAACAUCUCCAUCGACCGUUUGAAGCCGUGUUACCUAGCCGAGUCCACCAACGACGAGAGCAGCAGUGAGCCUCCACGGAACGGAGAGCACGACGCAGCGUUGGACCAGCAGCUGCCACUGCAGUCAGCAUUAACACCCGCUGCACCACCAUCGUCUUCAGCACCGCAGGCAAGGCCCUGCAAACCAUCCAGGGGUCGGCCUCGUAAAGUACCACCCGCGAAUGCUGAGACGACAUCAACGACAUUGACCAGGCCCGUCACAACAUCUGGAGGCCGGUCACGAACUACUAGCCAGUCGGAAUCAGCACCACCAUCGCUGCCGGAUCUUUCACCACCUGUGCCACCGGCGUCGGUGCCCACCUCUGGGUUGCUGCUACCGCAGCAAUCAUUAAGUCUGUCACAACUACAAGCUCGCUACGGACACCUGCAAGGAGUACCAGCUGCAUCGUACUCGAACGUGAGCCCUCGCAUCCUGAUCGGCGUGAAGCACAUCCAGCUCGGCCUAACGUUGAAGUGCAAGGAGGGCCGCCUAGGAGAGCCAGUAGCGAUGAAAACGCGGCUAGGGUGGACGGUGUGCGGUGGUCCAACUAUAGAAGAGAAGGCAUACGGGGUGCACGCAUGUUGCGAGGACAGCGGCGACCCAGGUGAGGACCUGACUCAGGCAGUGCUGGAAACGUCUGCUAUGAUAGAAUUUCGAUACGAUGCGGACAGUGACAUAACGUUCGCGUCGUGGUUCAGCCGCUACGAAGAUCUGUUCCUCAAAGACGCAGAGCGGCUGGAUGACGGAGCAAAAGAAAGGCUAUUACUAAGAAAACUGGGUCAACAGGAGCAUGAACGCUACGUUUCGUUCAUAAUGCCAAAGCAUGCUAGAGAUCUCAGGUUCAACGAGACGGUAGAGACCCUAAAGAGCCUAUUUAGUAACAAAGAGACGCUCCUAAGCAAGAGAUACAAGAUACAGCUAGAGAAAAAUCCCAGUGAAGAUUAUAUAACCUAUGAAUGCCGCGUAAACAAGGCAUGUGUGGAGUUUCAGCAUGGCCGGAUGUCUGAAGAGCAAAUUAAAUGCUUGAUAUAUGUGUGCGGUUUGCGAGCCGAAAAAGAGGCGGAGGUGCGAACGCGACUAUUACUACGAGUCGAAGAGAAAGAAGACGUAACGUUGUGUGUUAUGCUCGUGCGUAUUCCGCACAGGUAA